AUGGAAAGUACGAUAAUAUUUCCAUCACCAAAUUGGUUUAAAUCUUCCGUUUUAGCUGUAAGUUCGGAUGGCUGGCUUGUAUAUGGUGGUCCAACGACGAGUUUGUGUAUAUUGAGACCUCUUAAGAAUGUUUCCAAUAGUGAACAAUGUUAUCAAACGGCCCACCUUAGCAGAGCACAUGGUGAGAAGAUUAUAUGUGUUACAAUAUCACCAGAAUGGCCUGAAAAAAGAUCUAUUGUUACUGGCAGCCCUGAUGGUGUAGUAAAGCAGUGGUCUCUUACAGAAGUAAAUAAAUCAAUAAGAAUAAAAUUUGACCAAAGCCAUGAAAUACAUAAGAAUGAAAAUGAGGAAGUUGUUGGAGUGGGCUACUCUAAUGAAAAUAUAGUAAUCACGGUUGGCAGUUUUGGUAAUAUGACAUUAUGGGACACAACAUCAAAUGUUGUUAAAAUGUUUGACAAGUUUCUUAAAAAUUUUAAACCAACAUGUUUGGCUUGUUCCCCCCAUCUCCUUUUAAAUGUAGCAGUUGGUACAAAACAAGGCAUCAUUUUUGUUCUGGAUCUCAAUGGUAAAGGCAAAAUUUUGUACAAAGUAAGGGGACAGAAUGAAGAAACAAUAAAUGUAUCUUGGUGUCCACAAUAUGAAGUUCAUGUUAAGAAGACUUUAGAUGUUACAGAAGUAAAAUCCAAUUUAGUAGAUAGGUUAGCUAAAAUUAGACUAGAAGGCACAGAUGAAAAAUUAAACAAAUCUGGACUCGCAAAAGACCUACCUGAUGAUAGCUUCAAUGAUUCUAUAGUACAAGAAGAUGACAUGUUUGAUAUAUACAAAGAUCACGAAGAAGAUGAAUUUGGGCAUAAGAAAUAUAAACCUGAGAUAAUAAGAGUUAGGUGUCAUGAAGAAAAGAAAGAAGAUAGUGAUUUUUUAGCUGACUGCUUAAAAUUAAAGAAAGAUUUAUUAGACCGAAAAAAUGCACCAGAGGAGUCAAUUGAAAGUCUAGUGAAUGCACUUGAUAAUGCCCAUGUGGAUGAUUCAAAUUCUGAGGCAAAAUCUGAAGAAGGUAGCGAUACAGCUGAAGUAAAUAAAGAAAACUCUGCUGAUACAGUUGCAGUAGAAGAAAGGGGGUGCCAUACUCAUAAGCAUCUUUUAGCAUCUAUUGGAAAACUGGGGAGUGUUAGAAUUUGGUCAAAAACUGGCAAAUUGGUGGGUAGUUGUGCUGUUACUACCAGCAAUUCUAAAAAUUUCAAAACCAAAAUCCCAGGUUGGGCUACACUGAAUUGGUACCGCCCCAAUAUGCUGCUUAUAGCUGAUGGGAAAAGCCAACUCCUAACUUGCAAUCCCCUUAAAGUUGACAGUAAAAAUAAAUUGCAUUGGACAGUUGAACACGCGUUGCACAAGAGAGGUCUUCAUUGCAUAGCGACAAAUGCACCCAGGCUUAUAAAAGUUACGGAUAGUAACAGAAAAACAGAUGGUGCAAAAUCAAAGUGCGAAAAUAUAAUUGAAGAUUUAGAUGAGAAUUUUAAAGAUUGUGUCAUUUGGACAACUGCACAAGACAGAAGCAUAGUCUGUUAUUCAGUUGAGAAACAUGAGUGUAUAGCAAUGUAUAAUUCUUGUGGUGGAUAUGUAUAUUGUAUUGAUCCUUGUCCAUAUGAUGCAAGACAGUAUGCUCUAUCUAUGGGCGAUGGAGCAGUGCGCGUUUGGGAAACCGAUACUAUCGAAGACGACAACACCAAACUGUCAAAUGGAAAAGUGCGAAUGUACUGGCAGAAUGUUCAGGGCAAAGUACUGACCAUCGCCUGGCAUCCCACAAGGGAAAAUAUCCUCGCGUUUGCUACAGCUGAAUCGAGAAUUGGUCUAAUAGAUACAGGUGGUAAAUCCGAUAAGGCAGCUCGCUUACUGCAUGUGGCACUUCGAGGUGGGAUUUACUCACUAUGCUGGGGCAAAGAUGACAAUCUAUAUGCAUGUGGUGGAGGGGAGUUAGUACAGUAUGCAACAAGAAGUACAGAAGAAACCACUUCGAUAAACGUGGAGGUGGAAGGUAUUAAGUGGAAUCUGAGCUUUGUGAGUUUUGACGUGCGUGGUAUUUUGGUGGGCAGUUUGGUUGGUGGUAUUGCUAUAUUAGAUCCUGAUACCCACCAGCUGGUUGUUGCAACUUUUGUCUUCAGUAAGAUAAUCCACAACAUGCAGUGGCACCCUCAGCAGACGUCCUCCUCGAGCGAGGAUUCACCGUAUCAGAACCUCAUUGCGGUCAGCUCUCUUGAUAAACAACAUACUGUGGCGAUACUCGAAUAUAAAGAGAAUAUUGAAGGAGGCCCUAAGCUCCAGUUAUCGAAAAUGCUGUCAGGACACAAAGGUCCCGUUCUGAAUGUCGUUUGGAAUCCUCACUUGGAACAGUAUCUAUUAAGUUCCGCGCAGGAUGCUACAGUUCGCGUGUGGGACGUAGUGGCAGGUGUGUGCACCCAUAUAUUCGGCGGCCACUCUUAUUCUUCAAUCGGGGUGGCGUGGAGCUCGUUUCCUGAACUAUCAACUACUGUUCUGUCUGGGGGAGCCGACUACAAUGUUAGACUUUGGGAUUGUAAAGAUUUCCCAGCUGAUACAUUUGAAGAAAUCAAACACGAUUACACAAUAAAGGAGAAGAAGGAGAAGAAAAAGAAGAAAGCAAAUAAGACAGAAGAAGAAGAGACUAGUCAAGAAGUGGACAAUACAGCCACAAUACUAACCCAAGAUAAUAUAGUUAAAGGUCAAAAAAAGUUCCUUCUAACUACAAUAGGAAGACAGAUGUACCCCCUUAAUGCUGUCAAGCUAAGCAAAUUGGCGAAACAAAUGCUCCGAAGCGACAUCUUGAAUACGGACAAAGAGGAUUUGGGUUGUCGAGAUGAUUUUAUCAAAAUAUUUGGUAACACAAAUGAUAUUAACGCUGUAUUGGAUAUGGAAAUGGAAAAUCAUUUGGCAGAGGAGAGACUUAGCUCGUGGAUAAUAUUAUCAGUUAUAAGAGGAGACAUGGCAGGAAUGGUUGAAUUCGCUACCAAGCGCGACCUUUUGUGCCCGUUCUUAGUUAGUUUGGCACCGUGCGUCUCGUUCAAAUAUUGGAAGGACACAAUGCAACUUUACUUAGCUCAGAUAGAUAGAAAGGUUGCCAAGGGGGAAGCAGACAAAAUAACAGGUGGAUUGGAUUUCGGUGGAGUAAUAUACAGAAAGGUGUGUUUGCUCUUGAGUGUUCAUGAUGUGAAGGGAGCUGUUAACGUGCUAACUGAAGCUAGACUGUUCCAGGCGGCUUAUGUACUUUCCAGAACUAGACACAUGGACAGUAUAGCCGAAGAGACGCUAAAGAAAUGGGCCGUUGACAGCUACGAGAACGGAAUGUAUCCCUUGGCUGCCUUUUGCUAUAUCGCCCUAUGUGACCCAAAUCAAGCAGCCAUUGUGCUAUCGAAGAUAAAUUCAGAAGAAUAUCUAUCUCUGGCUGCCCAUUUAGCCAAAAUAGCUGGCCAGUCAACGUUCGCAGAGCACAUAGAUGAUAAGCUUCAACAGAUACACAAUGGUGAAAACGGCAAAACUGAGAAUCUCAAACCGUUGCCCACGAGAGCGGAGUUAGUUAUUGAGAAAGAUGCCAAAGAAAAUUAA